AUGCACCAGGAACAUGUUUCCGAAGUCACCCAGGAUGCGGCCACAAUUGAUCGCCAUAUCCAUCAUCCGACGGGUUGGUGGAAUUGGCGGGUUGUCGUUUAUAUGAUAAUCGUCGGUCUUUCCAUGGGCCUUUAUGGUUACGACAACAACUUCGUCGCUCCACUUUUGUCGUUGCCUCUAUUCAUACAGAGAUAUCAAGGUCCUGGAGUGGCUUUCACAGCCCGAAAUCUCGAUGUGCUUGUCACAGUUCCCCUCGUAGGCGCAGCCAUGGGAACCUUUGUGGCAUCACCCACGAUGAAGUAUUUCGGCCGGAAAAGAACAUUCAUUGCAGCUUACUUCUUGCUUUCCGCUCCUGGCUCGUUUCUUCAGCUGUUUGCGCCCAAUAUUGGCGGUCUUACGGUAGGCAGGUUUUGGAAUUACGUUGGAAUCAGUAUCUUGACGACUACCGCUCCACUUUACCUUGCCGAACUUGUCCCUGCCCAUGUGCGUGGCAGGGCGGUUGGGUUUUGCAUCGCUGGAGUAGGCGCCAUAGCAAUCCUUGCUACGACUAUUGUUUGGGCGAGCGAGAAAAUCAACGACGAGCGACAGUACAAAAUUCCUCUGGCCGUCCAAGCGGCCUGUCCCGUUGCCUUUGGCUGUCUGACGAUGCUAUGCCCUGAAUCACCACUCUGGUAUGUCCAGCAUGGCAAAAUUGACGCCGCACGGCGUGUCCUUAUGGCCAUCCGCAACAAGCAAUCAGACAUUGUCGAGGCCGAGAUAUCCAUAUACCGAGUAUCCGUUGCCGAAGAAGCCGAAAUGCGAAAGCGAACCAGAUUCUGGGACAUCUUGAAUCGAGCAAACCUCAAACGGACUCUGACCGCAGGAGCCUUGCUGAGCUCGAGCCAAGUGGGUGGACAAAUCUUAGUCGGGACUUAUUCGACAGUCAUCCUUGUGCAGAGUGGCGUUGGAAACCCUUUCCAGAUGACCAUCAUCAUCACCUGCCUGCAAUUUCUAGGGACUAUCAUCGGACCUACACUAGUCGACAAAGCUGGCCGGAGACCCGUGGCGCUCAUCGGCUUCUCGAUCCUCUUCGCCCUCGACCUAGCCGCUGGAAGUCUUGCAGCCGCCGGGCUGAAGACGAACGGCCAGAGAUUGGGCCUUGCUUCGGUGUUCAUCGUUUUUGCCUUUGCCAAUGCCGUCUCCUUCCAAUCUCUGGCAUUUGUCCUCCCUACAGAGAUCGCGACGCCAGCCCUCCGAGAGCCCACGGUGGCAUGGUCGAUGUUCUGGUCCUACGUGACGGCCGUGAUCACGACGUUCGCCGUUCCUCAGCUGACGUCGGCCGACGCCGCAAAUCUUGGAGCCAAGGCUGCCUUCAUCUUCGCCGCCUGCGUGUUGAUCACCGUCGUCUGGGCAUAUUUUUACAUUCCAGAAACCGCAGCUCGCACAGUGGUCGAAGUUGACGAAAUGUACGCCCUCAAUUUGCCCAUGCGGAAAUGGAGACACUAUCAAUGCCAAUCUGUCCGCGUGACGGCGGAGAUUGUGGAACAGAAAAGUACGACUCUCGAUCAAGAGGGGGAGGCUGCCUGA